GAGGAGGCUCCUUGGGGAGGUGCUGAAGAAAACAGUCCUAUGUCCUGUACUGUCUGUGUACAGGGUUGUAACUACAGCUACUAGUGCAUUUGAUCUGCUUCAUCAGUUUCCUAUCAUCACAGGACUUUGAGAUAUAUCUUCUACCAAAAUGUCAUCUUCCUUCUACAUUGUUUUCAUAGUUCUUGGGCUUCAUGCUACUGUUCAUUGUUUUCCUGGUACUCAGCAUGAAGGUAAAGGUAAUGAAGUCAAACAUUCUAUUCCAAGGAACUCAACCUUAUACAAAAUGUCCACAAAUAAUGCUGACUUUGCAUUCAACUUAUAUAGGAAAGUGGCCUCAGAGAACACUGGGAGGAAUGUUUUCUUCUCCCCAGUGAGUGUGUCCUCAGCCUUGGCUAUGAUAUCUCUUGGUGCCCAAUCAGACACACAAAUUCAGAUCCUACAAUGUCUGGGCUUCAACCUGACAGAGAUGCAAAAGGAUGAAAUCCACCAUGGUUUCCAUCACCUUAUCCAUACCCUGAAUCUCCCUAACAAGGAACUUGAAUUGAAGGCAGGAAAUGCUCUCUUCAUCCGAAAGCAGGUGAAAAUUCUCACCCAGUUUACAACUGACAUCCAGAAGCUGUAUGAGUCAGAGGCCUUUUCUACUGAUUUCUCAAAUGUUUCAGCAGCUGAACAGAAGAUCAAUAAUUAUGUGAAGAAAAAGACCAAAGGGAAGGUUGUAGAGGUGAUCAAAGAUCUUGUUCCAAAUACUUACAUGAUCCUAGUAAACUUUAUUUUCUUUAAAGCUAAAUGGGAGAAACCUUUUGAUCCUCUAGAAACCAAGCAAAAUGGCAAUUUUUACAUGACAGAGUCAGUUGUGAUAAAGGUUUCCUUCAUGCACCAAGUUGAAGAACACUUUUACUUCAUGGAUAGGAUAUUGAACUGCACUGUACUUCAGAUGGACUACAGUAAAAAUGCACUGGCCAUUUUUGUUCUUCCUGAUGAAGGCCAGAUGAAGUUGCUGGAGGACACUCUAAUGUCAACAACUCUGAGAAGAUGGAACCACUUGCUCCAGAAAGGGUUAGUGAAUUUAUACAUUCCCAAGUUUUUCAUUUCUGCUUCAUAUAACCUGGACACCAUCCUCCCAGGAAUGGGAAUGCAAGAUGCUUUCACUAACCAGGCAGAUUUUUCUGGUAUCUCAGAACAUUUCAAACUGAAGAUUUCAAAUGUAGUUCAUAAAGCUGUGUUAGACGUUGGAGAAAAGGGCACUGAAGCUGUGGCUAUCACAGAUUUAAGGAUGGAAUUCCGAUCAGCUUUAUCUCACCCUGGUGCUUUGAUUGUCUUCAAUAGGCCCUUCCUGGUGAUGAUUUUGGAUAAAGUCACCCGAAGCAUUCUCUUUCUAGGAAAAGUGAUGGAACCAAAGGAAAAAUAGUUGCAUAACUGCUACUAGUAAAUAGUCUAUCAUUACUGAAGUGGAAAAUAAAUAUGUAUUAUGGCCUAAAGCAAUUGAUGUAAGGGAGUCUAGAUGAAAAACAUCAUCUCACAGAGAAUAGCAUUAACAAACUUUAUUACUACUCUUAAGGAAAUAGCUACCCACAAAAGAAGGAGUCCUACCAAAUUCCUUUUAUGACACAGAUAGGGUCCUGAUCCUUAAACCAGGUAGGUUGAAAACCGAGAAAGAAAAUUAUAGACCAAUUUCCCUAAUGAAUACUGAUGCAAAAAUCUUAAAUAAACUAUUAGCAAAGAGAUUACAUAAAGUCAUUCCCAGGAUAAUACAGCUCAAACAAAUAGGAUUUAUACCAGGAAUACAGGGCUGGUUCAAUAUUAGGAAAACUAUUAGCAUAAUUGACUAUAUCAAUAACCAAAUUAACAAAAACCAUAUGAUUAUCUCAACAGAUGCAGAAAAAGCAUUUGAUAAAAUCCAACACCCAUUCCUAUUAAAAAUACUAGAGAGUAUAGAAAUAAAUGGACUUUUCCUUAAAUUGAUCAGUAGUAUCUACUUUAAAUCAUCAGCAAGUAUCAUAUGUAAUAGGGACAAACUAGAAUCAUUCCCAAUAAAAUCGGAGUGAAACAAGGUUGCCCACUAUCACCGUUACUAUUCAAUAUUGUAUUAGAAAUAUUAGCUUUGGCAAUAAGAGAAGAAAAAGAGGUCAAAGGAAUUAGAGUAGGUAAUGAGGAGAAACCUAGAGAAUCAACUAAAAACUACUAGAAAGAAUUAGCAAAGUUGCAAGAAAUAAAAUAAAUCCACAUAAAUCAUCAGCAUUUUUAUAUAUUACCAACAAAGUCCAACAGCAAGAGAUACAAAGAAAAAUUCCAAAAAAUAGCUACCCACAGGGAUGGUCUCAGUGUAUGGGGUCCAUGUUUAGAAUAGUCAUCAUGUGGUGGGGAGUAUCCCUACAUAAGCUGAAAUCAUCUGAGACAAACAAUCGGCAUGAUAUUAGUAGGAGAGAAUCCUGCUAUGUAUAGAACCAGUAAAAUAAAAUUACCUGAUAAAGAACACAGAUUAAGAAAAUAGGAAUUAAGAAAGGGAAGUAGGAAAGUUAAUUGUAACAGUAUCAUUUUGGCAAGAGACUGAAAUAGGGAUUUGAUGGCAUUCCAGUAAGAAACAUUUUUCAAAAGCUCACAAUCAGUGCCCCCUCCAGCAACCCCAUUAUGCAGAUUAAAGCUAGCUCCUCUGAAGUUUGUAUAAGGCAGACAAUGAAGGAAAUAAUAAGUGGUUACUGAAUGCAUGAUAGCACACAGUUCAUCAUGAUCAUUAUUUCCAUGCCUAUCUUUCAGAGGGGCAGGAUUUGGAAGUUCUGAAUGCUGAAAUACCCAGGAGAUGUUUUUUGGAGCAGGAUAGCAUCUAUCUGUUGUUGAAGUAAAACUUUGUUGAACCAGAUUCAGAAAGAAGUUGAGUAUUGUUAACAUCCCAAAGCUAUAUCUGGGAAGAAAACACAAAACCAAGUGAAUGCCUGCAAAAAGGAUUAUUCCAAGUUGCUCCUGUAUCUGGUUGUCUUCAUUUUAUGGAUGAUGGCCAGAAAGUAGAUGUUUGGGAGAUAUACAAGUAUGGGGGACAACAAGUCAACUAAGGACUAUAUGAAGGGUAAGUGUCCCAAAUAGUUCCCAUUUAGAGUCCAGCACUUCCCAUAGAAAUAAAGCAAAGAAGACUGUUGGCCAGAGCCUAAGGUUCUCCUCAGCAUUAGCUUACAUCCUCCUAAUUCUAAUCAUUUUUUCCUCUCAGUCGGUCCAGGAAGCAGGAUCCACAAUGUCUCCUCAGUUCCCUGAUGCAGUAUCUCAGAUGGGAUUCAUUAAUUAACAUAGACUGGCUUCCACCAGAUUGUUCACUUGAAUGCACUGAGAGCAAUCUUUGAUUACUGUUCAGGUUUUUUGUAUGAUCCUAAUAGGCUUCUUGAUCUAUAGAUUGGUUUUUCUGGGGUAAGUAAGUGGGGACUUGGGCAGGAAUAUAAAUUUUUAUUUUUGAAACAUUACAAGACAUCUUGAAGUUUAUCAGCUAAAAAUUUUAAGGACUGUAUCUUAUACCCAAAUCACUUUGGCUUUCAUUAAGUGGCCAACUAUAGGUUCCAGCCCAAGUCUCACUUAGUCAUUGUUUAAACCCUGAUUGACUCAAAGUGAAUGUAAAUAGCAAUGGAUUCUGUUUUGAUCAGAAAGCCUGAUGGUCUGCCCUCCCAGAUUAGAUUUUUUUCCUAGGUAAAAGAAACCAUUCUUUGCCUCAUUUCUUAUCUAGCCUUAAUCGUUGAAUGGGCAUUGCCUCAAUCAAACUAAGACCUAUGAAACACCUUAGACUUUAAAAGGAUAAGGCCUUCCAUUGCAACCAUCUUCAGUCAUCUUGAUCUAUAUCUUACCACUGGACCCAGAGGACUUUGGAAUAGAGAGUGAGACUGGUGAUUAUGCUCAGUCCUCCCUCACUAAAAUCCAAUUCAUUUUCAAGUGAUGGAAUCACCUGCCUACUGUCAUAGCUCUCUUUCAGAAUGAAGGACAAGCAGCAACAAUAAUUAGCAUUGGAGCAUAAGGUUUGUUUCAAAAAGUGCUCAUUUUAUACUUUCACUUCUGCUUAAGAAUGAUAUGAAAUGUAGAAGAUCCAUUUUAUGCCCUGAUUUCAAGCCUAUUAUUGAAUCUAACCUGCAAAAGAAAUGAAGUUUCAUUGCAACAAAAAUAUAAUAAGGUUAGCCAGGGCAAAGAGGGAUUUUUUUUCAAGGACUGAGAUGGUAGCUUUUGCAUCAGGGUUUUUCACAAGUUUGGCCACCCUACAACAUGUAAAAAUAUCUAUUGCUAUCAACAUAUAAUGUGGAAGAGGGCCUAUAUAAUUCUUUUGCCAAAAUUUGAAAAGCUUUACCGAGUAAAUUUUUUUCUAAGGAAUUCUUUCCUACAAGGUGAUAGAGUUGACAGAAAGUACAAAUACCUCACUUCUUUGGAAUCCUCUUGGAGGCCAAAAGAAUGAUAGUGUUCUCUCAUAAGCCUGUCCUAUAUAGUGUGUUAAAUUCCUCUGGGAGCUGCUGUGCUACCAAGGUAAUUUGUGUAGGCUUGAUCAGCCAUGACAUUUCAUUUAUAUUCCUUAUAAAAUGGUACUCAGUAGGCAGAUAUAUAAGUGAUAUAUGUACUAUCAGUUUUCAGUUUGGAGCUACACAAAUCCGUAGGAAUAACCAUGAUACUGAGUUGGACUUGGUUUUUAAAAUUAUUUUCUACCAGUGACCAGAUCAAAUGACAAGGCAAUUGGUCACUGUCCAAAAGUCAACAUAAUUAAAUAUCUUCUUUUAAGUGCACAGUUUGAGUAAAAGGAGAAAUACUUAAACCUAUCAAAAAUUAUUUUAUACAGCUAGAAAAAAUUUUAAAAAUUGUCCACAAGAAGAAACUAUCAAGAAUAUCAAGGUAAUUGAUGAAAAAAAAAAAUGCAAAGGAAGGUGGCCUAGCUAUAUCAGAUCUGGAACUAUAUGGCAGCAAUCAUCAAAAUCAUUUGGUACUGGCUAAAAAAUAGAGUAGGGAUUCAGUAAAAUAGGUUAGGUUCACAAGAUUCAAUAGUAAAUGACUAAAGUAAUCUACUAUUUGAUAAACCCAAAGAUCCUAGCAUCUGGGAUAAGAACUCAUCAUUUGACAAAAACAGCUGGGAAAACUAGAAAAUAGUAUUGUAGAAAUUAGGCAUAAACCAACAUUUCAAAUCCUAUGUGAGCUAGAAAUGGGUAUAUGAUUUAGACAAAAAGAUGACAUUAUAAGCAAAUUAGAAGAGCAGGAAUAUUUUACCUACCAGAUCUUUAGAGAAGGGAGAAAUUUAUAACCAAACAAGAGAGAGACACAAAUGCAAAAUAGAUAAUUUUGAUUACAUUGAAUUAAAAGGGGGAUGCACAAACAUAGCCAAUGUAAUCAUGAUUAGAAGGAAAACAGAAAGUUGAGACAGAGGGAAAUUUAUACUCACUGUUUCUGAUAAAGUCUCAUUUCUGAAAUACAUAGAGAAUUGAGUUAAAUUUGUAAGAAUAUAAGUCAUUCCCCAAUUGAUAAAUAGUUAAAGGAUAUGAAUAGGCAGUUUUCAGAUGAAGAAAUUAAAGCUAUCUAAAAUCAUGUAAAAAUACUCUAAAUCACUUUGGAUUAGAGAAAUAAAAAUGAAAACAACUCUACAUUACCACCUCACAUCUAUCAGAUUAGCUAAUAUGACAGAAAAAGAAAAUGAUAAAUGUUGGAGGAAGUAUGGGAAAACUGGGGCACCAAUGCAUUGUUGAUAGAAUUGUGAAAUGAGCCAACCAUUUUAGAAGGCAAUUUGAACUAUAAAAUUGUUCAUACUUUUUGAUUCAGCAGUACCACUACUAAGUAUAUAUCCCAAAGACAUAAUUUUUAAAUGGGAAAAGUUCUGACAUGUACAAAAAUAUUUAUAGCAAUUCUUUUUGUGAUGACAAAAUUGGAAAUUGAAGGGAUAUUCAUUAAUUUGGGAUGGAAUAUGAAUGUAAUGAAGAACCAUUGUUCUCUAAGAAAUAAUGAGCAGGUAGAUUUCAGAAAAAAACUGAAAAGACUUAUAAGAACUGAUGCUGAAUGAAGUGAGCAAAACCAGGGGAACAUUACGCACAGCAACAGCAAGAUUAUGUGAUCAAUUAUGAUAGACUUAGCUCUUCUCAGCAAUAUCAUGAUCCAAGACAAUUCCAAAAAAAGACUAAUGAAAAAUGCCAUCCACAUCAAAGAAAGAACCAUGGAGUGUGAACACAGAUUGAAUCAUACCAUUUUCACUUUUUUAGAAUUUGGGUUUUUUUUUUCCUUAUAUUUUUCCCUUUUGUUCUGAUUCUUCUUUCAUAAUAUGAUUAAUAUGGAAAUAUGUUUAAUAUUGUAUAUAUCGCCUAGCUCAUAUUAGUUUCUGUCUUGGAAAGGAAAAGAAAAUGAAGGAAGAGAGAAAAAUAUGGAAUUCAAAAUCUAAUAAAAGUGAAUGUUGAGAA